UGUCAUUAGAUUGGGUCUUUAAUAUGAGAAGGUAUGUUGUUUUAGCCAUAGUAUCGAUGCUAGAAAUUUAACUUAAAGAUUAAAGUCGGGCAGAAACCUUUAAUAAAAUAGAUCCCAGAAACCUCUGCGUCUCCAGACGGCCGCUGGGACUGAGCGGUAAACAAAGAGCGCGUAAAUCUCUCUUCGCUGGUGCAAGAAGGGCACGCGGCACCUGCUGACGCCCUCUGAUUGGUCACAGUAGACAUCCAUCUCUUGUAGCCCCGCCCUCUGCGCGUUGCGAUUGGUUAAUCCCAAACUAGUGCUAACACGACUGGUUGGCUAGCGGGAUUCUUGCCCGCUCCAGGGCGGACAGCUCUGCUCGUAUUCAUGAGGCGUGUCUGCGGCUGGACUUGAGUGCUUGAUUGGAGUAAUUUCUUCGCGAGGCUUGGCUAGAAUCCGUCUGGGCUUCCACGGUUGGCCUUCGAACAGGAAGCUGGUUCUUCGUGGUUGACGCCGUCUCCGUCUCCUGCCCCCAGGCCAGUGCGCUCCACUUUAUUCUCAGCGAGAAGUGUGUGCGGCUUCUCUGAGGCAGAGCUAUGCGAUGGUAAAAGCCGCAUAUGCGGCAUGCUACACACCUAACAGGAGGGGCACAAAAAAAAGAAAAAAAAUCCAACACAUCCCGGUUGUCCUCACUCACAGCAGCCUUAUCCAGAGCGGAGCCUAAAGUGCCAGCAGUACCAUGUCCCGGCCAACAGGGGGCAGUGUCAAUGACGUCACCCGCUUCCUGUCGUCAGGCGGGGGGCCGGGGUCCCCUACCUCCGGCUCGUCGAUGUUCUCCGGUGCCAGCCAGGCCGACUGGGCUGCCAAGAGGCUGGUGUGGGUGCCCUCGGAGAAACAUGGCUUUGAGUCGGCCAGCAUUCGGGAAGAACGCGGCGAUGAGGUGGAGGUGGAGCUCACCGACAGCCAGCGCAAGCUGACCCUUUCCCGGGAGGAGGUGCAGCGGAUGAACCCGCCACGCUUCAGCAAAGUGGAGGACAUGGCCGACCUCACCUGCCUCAACGAGGCCUCGGUGCUGCACAACCUUAGGGAGAGAUACUACUCCGGCCUCAUCUACACAUAUUCCGGACUCUUCUGUGUGGUGGUGAACCCUUACAAGAACUUGACGAUCUACACGGAGUCCAUCGUGGAGAUGUACCGUGGCAAGAAACGCCACGAAAUGCCGCCGCACAUUUACGCCAUAUCAGAGGCGGCCUAUCGGAGUAUGCUGCAAGACAGAGAAGAUCAGUCCAUCCUCUGCACGGGCGAGUCAGGAGCUGGGAAAACAGAAAACACCAAGAAAGUCAUCCAGUAUUUGGCUCACGUCGCCUCCUCCCAUAAAAGUGGCUCUUUGGGUCGAAAUAAGGAAGCUGUGCAGAUGGAUGGCUGUAGGUCCUUAACAAGGGGCGGCACUUUAGUGAAGAGGCUGAGCUUCCAAUAUGGCGAGCUGGAGAGACAGCUGCUGCAGGCAAACCCCAUCUUGGAGGCCUUUGGAAACGCAAAGACUGUAAAAAAUGACAACUCCUCUAGAUUUGGUAAAUUUAUUCGCAUCAAUUUUGAUGUGGCGGGAUACAUCGUCGGUGCCAACAUUGAGACCUACCUCCUUGAAAAGUCCCGGGCCAUCCGUCAGGCCAAGGACGAGAGAACGUUUCACAUUUUUUAUCAGAUGUUAUGUGGAGCUACAGAAGAAACAAGAGCGGAAUUGCUUCUCGGAAACGCUGAUGAAUACCGUUUCCUCACUGGAGGCUCCAUCCCUGUUCCGGGUCAAAGCGAUUCAGAGAAUUUCACGCAGACCAUGGACUCCAUGGCUAUCAUGGGCUUCACCGCAGAAGAGUCGAUCUCCAUGCUGAAGGUGAUCUCCGCCGUGCUCCAAUUUGGAAACAUAUCCUUCAAUAAGGAGAAGAACCACGACCAGGCGUCCAUGCCCGAUAACACAGCUGCUCAGAAACUGUGCCACCUGCUGGGCAUCAACGUGCUGGAGUUCACCCGUGCCAUUCUAACACCCAGGAUCAAAGUGGGCCGAGAGUAUGUGCAGAAGGCCCAGACCAAAGAACAAGCGGACUUUGCCAUUGAGGCCUUGGCAAAGGCGACGUAUGAGCGUCUCUUCAGGUGGCUGGUUCACAGGAUCAACAGAGCCCUGGACCGCAGACAGAGACAGGGAGCCUCCUUCAUCGGCAUCCUUGAUAUUGCUGGAUUUGAGAUCUUCCAGCUAAACUCCUUUGAGCAGCUAUGCAUCAACUACACCAACGAGAAGCUGCAGCAGCUCUUCAACCACACCAUGUUCAUUCUGGAGCAGGAGGAGUAUCAGAGGGAAGGCAUUGACUGGAACUUCAUUGACUUCGGCCUGGACCUUCAGCCCUGCAUCGACCUCAUCGAGAGACCCACUCACCCUCCUGGUGUUCUGGCCCUUCUGGAUGAAGAGUGCUGGUUCCCUCGGGCCACAGACCGCACAUUUGUGGAGAAGCUGAGUGCGGAGCAAGGCAGCCAUCCCAAGUUCUUCAGAUCAAAGCAGCCACGUGGAGAAGCAGAUUUCUCCAUUAUUCACUAUGCUGGAAAGGUGGACUAUAAGGCAGUUGAUUGGCUGGUAAAGAACAUGGAUCCCCUGAACGACAAUGUGGCGUCUCUUCUUCACCAGUCAUCAGAUCAUUUUGUGUCAGAGCUGUGGAAGGAGGAUAUUCAGACUCUCCCUCGUGUGUACUUCUUUGACUCGUAUGCUUCACUGCAGACUAAUGGCUCAGACAUGGACAGGAUUGUGGGUUUGGACCAGGUGUCGUCAGGGGAAAGCAGUGGGCCAGUCACUUUUGGAGCUGCCGGGUUGAAGACAAAGAAGGGAAUGUUUCGAACUGUCGGUCAACUCUACAAAGAGUCCCUCACCAAGCUGAUGGCCACGCUCAGAAACACCAACCCCAACUUUCUGCGCUGCAUUAUUCCCAACCAUGAGAAGAGGGCUGGUAAACUGGCACCGCAUCUGGUUUUGGACCAGCUGAGGUGCAACGGCGUUUUGGAGGGGAUUCGAAUUUGCAGACAAGGUUUCCCCAAUCGCAUCCCUUUCCAGGAGUUCAGACAAAGGUAUGAGAUCCUGACUCCCAACGCAAUUCCUCGCACUUUUAUGGACGGGAAACAGGCAUCAGAGCUCAUGAUCAGUGCUUUGGAGCUGGAUCACAAUCUGUUCCGGGUGGGUCAGAGUAAAGUCUUCUUCAGAGCCGGAGUAUUGGGUCACCUGGAAGAGGAGAGAGACCUGAAGAUCACAGACACCAUCAUCCGCUUUCAGAGCGCUGCCAGAGGCUUCCUCGCACGCAAGGCUUUUUUUAAGAAGCAGCAGCAGCUGAGCGCACUGAGAGUGAUGCAGAGGAACUGUCAUGCUUACCUCAAGCUCAGAAACUGGCAGUGGUGGCGACUAUUUACUAAGGUGAAGCCCUUACUGCAGGUGACAAGGCAGGAUGAGGAGAUCCAAGUCAGAGAAGCCGAGCUCCAGAAGGCCAAAGACAAACUCACCAGAGCGGAACAGGACUACAGUGAACUGGACAAGAAGCAUGCUCAGCUGUUGGAGGAAAAGGCAGUCCUGGCAGACCAGCUGCAGGCAGAGGCAGAGCUGUUUGCAGAGGCAGAGGAGUUGAGGGCCAGGCUGGCCAGUCGUAAGCAGGAGCUGGAGGAGGUUCUGAGCGAGCUGGAGAGUCGUCUGGAGGAGGAGGAGGAGCGGGGGGUUCAGCUGGCCAAUGAGAAGAAAAGGAUGCAGCAAAAUAUACAGGACCUGGAAGAGCAACUUGAAGAGGAGGAAACUGCGAGACAGCGUCUUUUGCUGGAAAAAGUUACCUUGGAGACCAAAGUUAAGAGUCUGGAUACAGACCUACUCACUGCUGUAGAGCAGAGAGACCGACUCAGCAAGGAAAAGAAAAUGCUUGAGGAGCAUCUGAGUGAAGUGAGCGACCAACUGACAGAGGAAGAAGAAAAGACAAAAAGUUUGACCAAACUUAAGAACAAGCAGGAGGCGGUGAUUGCAGACCUCGAAGAGCGUCUGAAGCGUGAGGAGCAGGGGAGGUUAGAACAGGAGAAGUGGAAGAGGCGGAUGGAGAGCGAGUCUCUGGAAGCUCAGGAGCAGUUGUCAGAGCUGGGCAUGCUGUCUGCUGAGCUGAGGGGGACUCUGGCUCAAAAGGAGAAGGAGAUCACCACCCUCCAGGGCAGGUUGGAGGAAGAAGGCGCACGGCGUGCUGAAGCUCAGAGAGCUCUAAGGGAGGCGUUGUCCCAAGUGUCUGAGUUAAAGGAAGAAGUGGAAAACGAGCGAGGGAUGAGGGAAAGGGCAGAGAAGCAAAAGCGAGACCUUGGGGAGGAGUUGGAAGCUCUAAGAACUGAGUUGGAGGACACUCUAGACACCACAGCUGCGCAGCAGGAGCUGAGGUCACGUCGAGAGGCAGAGUUAGGUGAGCUGCAGAGAUGUGUUGAAGAGGAGACUCGACGGCACGAAGUCCAGGUUUCAGAACUCAAAGUCAAACACAGCACUGCCUUAGACAACCUGCAGGAGCAGCUGGACAACAGCAAGAGAGCACGCCAGUCGCUUGAAAAGGCCAAAGCCAUGCUGGAGGAGGAGCGAAAUAAUUUGACCUCAGAGAUUAAGAGUCUCCAAGCAGGCCGCACAGAGAGUGAGAGAGCCCGCAAGAGAGCUGAGAGUCAGGUGCAGGAGCUCAGCGCCCGCCUGGCCCAGGCCGACAGGGACCGGGAGGACAGAGAGGAGAGGAUACACAAGCUGCAGACUGAAAUAGAAUCUCUUUCUGGCAAUUUGAGCUCCUCUGACAGCAAGUCGCUUCGGCUUGCCAAAGAAGUCAGCAACCUUGAGAGUCAGCUGCAUGAUGCAAAGGAGCUCCUGCAAGAUGAAACUCGUCAGAAGAUGGCGCUGGCCUCUAGAGCAAGGGCUCUGGAAGACGAGAAGAAUGGAUUGAUGGAAAAACUGGAGGAGGAUGAGGAGCGAGCCAAAGAGAUGACCCGACAGAUUCAGACUCUCAGUCAGCAGCUGGCUGAGCUCCGUAAGCAGUCGGAGGAGGUGAACACAGCGGUGGAGGCUGGUGAGGAGACGCGCAGGAAACUCCAGAGAGAGUUAGACAGUGCCAUUCAGAAGGAGCGACAGAGGGAGGAGGAGAAGGAAAGAGUGGAAAGACAGCGGGAGCGGUUGAGGGAGGAAAUAGAAGACAUGACGAUCGCUCUGCAGAGGGAACGACAGAACUGCAUUGCUCUUGAAAAAAGGCAAAAGAAAUUUGACCAGUGUCUGUCAGAAGAGAAGGCUGUGAGCGCCCGUCUUGCAGAGGAGAGGGACAAAGCAGAAGCUGACAGCAGAGAGAAAGAAACAAGAUGUUUGGCCCUAUCUCGAUCCCUGCAGGAAGUCCAGGACCAGAGAGAUGACUUGGAAAGGGUCAACAAGCAGCUCCGUCUGGAAAUGGAACAACUUGUCAACCAGCAGGACGACGUGGGCAAAAAUGUCCAUGAGCUCGAGCGGACCAGGAGGGCGUUAGAAGCAGAAGCUCAGAACCUACGAGUUCAGACGCAGGAGCUGGAGGAGGAGCUAGCAGAGGCAGAGAAUUCCAGACUGAGGCUGGAGGUCACCCUGCAGGCCCUCAAGGCUCAAUUUGAAAGAGAAAUUAGCACCAGUGAGGAGAAAGGCGAGGAGAAGAGGAGGGCCCUCAGCAAACAGGUUAAAGAGCUGGAGAUCCAGUUGGAGGAGGAGAGGACUCAAAGGUCUCAGGCGGUGUUGUCCAAAAAGCAGCUGGAGGCCGAGCUGCAGGAAGCUGAGGCCCACGUUGAGGCUUCCAGCCGCAGCAAAGACGAAGCUAUGAAGCAACUACGCAGACUGCAGGGCCAAAUGAAAGAAGUUCUGCGUGAGCUAGAUGACAGCAAGUUGGCUCGUGAGGAAGUCGUGGCACAAUCGAAAGACAGCGAGAAGAAAAUACAAACACUGGAAGCAGACAUGUUGCAUCUCACGGAGGAGCUGUCUGUGUCAGAGAGGCAGAGGAGACAGGCUCAGCAGGAGAGAGAUGAUUUGGCAGACGAGAUGGUCAACAGCAGCUCGGGAAAGAAUGCUUUGUUUGAAGAGAAGCGGAGGCUGGAGGCUCGCGUCAGUCAGCUGGAGGAGGAGCUGGAGGAGGAGCAGAGUAAUUACGAGCUGUUGUCGGAGAGACAAAGGAAGACUGCUCUGCAGGUGGAGACUCUGACUGUGCAGCUGCAAGGCGAGAGGACUCUGACCCAGAAGGCGGAGUCGGCCCGGGAGCUGCUGGAGAGGCAGAACAAGGAGCUGAAGACCCGACUGGGCGAGCUUGAAGGAGCAGUGAGAGGCAAACACAAGCUCAGUGUCGCCGCCCUGGAGGCUAAGAUUGAAUCAAUGGAGGAGCAGCUGGAACAGGAGAGACAAGAACGAGCUAUCGCCACCAAAAUCGUGAGGAAGACUGAGAAAAAACUGAAAGAAGUGAUGAUGCAGGCUGAAGAUGAGAGGAGACAUGCAGACCAAUACAGAGAGCAGCUGGAUAAGUCUAUGGUCCGCCUGAAGCAGCUGAAGCGGCAGCUGGAGGAGGUGGAGGAGGAGCACUCCCGCUCUAACGCUCAGAAGAGGAAGCUGCAGCGAGAGCUGGAGGAGCUCACAGACAGCAGCCAGAUCAUGACGCGGGAGAUAACCUCCCUCCGUACCCAGCUCAGCAUGCCUGACUGGAGACCGGAGAAGCGUACGCCAUUGCCCAUUGGGAUUCGUGGACGCAGGGCGCUGGUUGAUGACCUUUCACUCGAGAACUCUGACUCAGAGGAGCCUCCUGCCUCCCCUACUCCCUCCUCAGGACUUCCACAGACACCAACUCCUUCAUCGGAGCAGAGCCUGGAAGCUCUUCCACCCUUCAGCGUCAACAACACAGAGUGAUGCAUGGAGGGGCUCAGUCACACACAAACCCAGCCUCAAGCACUCAGGGCUGAUGGAGGGACGUGCACAUAACAAUACUAGUUCUAGACAUAACAGCAACUAUAACAUAACUGAAAAACUGCUCUUAAGUUUUAUGCCUCAAUUUUCUGCAAAGGGACAAAGUACAUGAACUUACUGCAACAGGUUGUGAAUUGACUCCUGUUUUUAACAUGGCAAAAAUGGAAUUUUUUUAGGAAAUGCAAAUCUAUUACACACUUGUCUUUAUCAACAACUCAAUGAAACAGAAUUAGCUGAUUUUGUUGCACUGAAAAUCAAUAAUUAUAAGUAUUUUCAACCUGAGCCAUGAAAACCCCAAACAUCAGGGUUGAAAACUCCUAUCAGACAAAAGGGCUGCUGAGAGGAAACGGUCCUGCUGGAGGCUUCACGACAAUCUAAAUAACAGUCCACGAGAUGGACAAGAAAGAACUAAAAAGAUGCAUAAAUAACAUUUUAAUUACACACACAUCACAGAAAGGUAUGGAAGAGUAUGAAGACUGCAAUGCAAAGUACACUAGUUACCAUUAUCAUGUUAUUGAUACGAAUGGCUUCAGUGUCGCUACUCAGAAUUAGUUACCGUAACAAAGAGCCAACCUGCAUUACUAAUGCAUCUCUUUUUAUAACAGCAGGUACCAAGUCUAUAACUUAGGUCAACAUAUUACUUGAGAAAUUUGUACACGCUAAGUGAGGUAUAAACUUAAGUUAUUGGUCACUGCCUGUUUACUUUGUGACCGAUUCUCUUUAAAGGAGCAUGAGUUUCUGGCUGUGUCGGCACUGAUCCUGAACCAGAAGUGAUUGUUGAACUUUUUUAUUUUAUUUUAUUUUUUUAUUUUUUUGCCAAAGCAUCAGUUUUCUAAGGGAGUUUUGCAUGGGAGGUUCCUUAGCUUGACUUAGCUUUUCUGAAUGAAAAGAAGUACACUAUGAAUGAUGGCUAACACAACUAGGAAAAACAACAAAACAAUGGAAUAAGUAUGUCUUUGAUCCUAAGAGGAAGUGAAAGAUAUGUAUUAAACUGAUUAACAAUUUUUUUUAUAUCUGGUAAACUUUUUUUGUUUUUACUAAAAACCACGUACAAUAACAGAUGAAACAAAAUGUUUUUGUGUAACCAAUGGGAGGCCGCAUGGAUUAUAAAAGGGACUUCAGUUUGUAAAAUGGAGAAUAUUAAGUAGUCGUAGAACAAAGUAGAUACAUGAAGUACUUGAUGCUUGAGGUUUCUUUUUUUAUAGUUAUCCAGUAAAGAUCUGGAUAACAAUCAGAAAACUGUAGAAAAACCAGACUAUGAAAUGUCCUAUAGUGGUAGACAAAAAAAAUGAAAGCUGGUACUGACUAAUUCAUUUUUUAUUAAGCUAAUGGCAAAUAGAACAAGCAGUUUUUUUCUUUUUAAUUUUCGCUAUGAUCUUAAAAUAUUGUCUUUGCAGCAUCAACAAAAACGGGCACUUUGAUGAUCCUAUUGUGAAACCACGAACAAUGUUUUCUUUCUGUCUAAUUUUUGUUCAGCACACUUUUCUUUCCUUUUAUCCUAAAGAUAAUCUUUUUGGGCGUCUAAAUGGGAGGAAGAGAUUUCCAAAACGCUCAAAUUGAGUCUUUACAAAGUGGAAUAUAGCGCUUUAUGAAUAGUUAUGCCUUUUUUGGGGGGUAGGAUUACCCAGUAGUAAUGCAGGUAGUUAUAUGUGAUGGUAGCAGUUGGUCACUAGAGGCUGUGAAUAAAAAGACACAGCCACCUGCGCCAAGGCUAGCAGAGCUUUGAAAAUGAGAAACGGCUGCAUAGCUUUCAUCAUUUUUGUAAAUUGAACUUUUGUUUUUAGAUAAGUUGUCACUCAAAAGCUACUUUUAAAUAGUAACGUGUUUCUCUUACUUUUUUUGUUCUUUAAUUGAUGAAACAAAGAACUUGUUUACCAAUAAACUGAGCGUUUUUUGGGGUUUUUUUUCAGGUUGUCAUGCUAAAGCUGGAAUGCUGCUAGCAGUGGCUAAAAGCAUUUCUGAGAGUAGAGCCCAUAUUCUUAUUGAACACUCACUGCAAGUAUCUUAUUUUUUUCAUUUGAAAAGAACAUUACGUUAACUUAUCAUUAGCUCUAUUCAUAGGAAAUGUAUUUGAAGUUGUGCUGAAACCUUUUUUUUCUUCAUUUUUUUAUGUGUACUGCGCUUUAUGAACAGGAUUCAUGUUUACAGUUACCACAGUAGUUUUCGGUGAUCAGGGUUACCGCUACUGCUCUUCUUCUGUUCGAUGUAAAAAGUGUUAUUGCACUGACAAACAUUUUGUGUGUAUACAUUUGCAAUGUGGGGUUUGUUAGGAUUUGCAACCUGUGGAAAUGGAAAAUCAAACUAUCUAGGUCUGGAAAAGCACUGAUGACAGAUAUUUACCACCCUGAAAAGCUUUCAUUUUUUGUGUUUUCUAUAUGUAUUUUCUUUUUUUUUUUUUUUCUUUUUUUUGGAAAUGCAUAAAGUCGUUUUUUUAAGGAUUUUGUGUAAAAGCAGCACUUUACACAACUUGGAUGAAAGCAGCCACAACACCUCAUCUGGUUUAGCUGGUUUACAUUUCUAUCACUAGCGGGCAACAAAUAAGUUUAAAUUUUGUUUUAUUAUAAAAUGACUUAAAAAAUCUCAUCUCAAAUUGUCAAAAUCUAAACAGAACAAGUUUAGUUUGAGCAGACCGGAAUCCCCAAAAUUGAAAUGGUGAAGAUCAGUCCUGCACAACGAAACAAGGCCGGUGCUUCUCUGAGGUGUUAUUUUUCUCUGUAUUUGCUUAUGGCUACUAUGGAAGUUGAAAACUUUUGGACAUUUAUUUUAUUGUUUAGACUUUUUUUAAUGAUGCUGUGGUUAUAAACAUCUGCCUGGGGUUAACGUGAAUAUAUGCUAUUGGUUUUAAUG